GUUAGGCAUGCGGAAGUUCAGCUUUCUUUGUGUAUUCCGUUUUAUGGUUGUUUUAAUUUGGCAAAAAGCUCUUGCAUUUUUUAUUUAUACGCAUUUACUGGAUACCUUUCCGGUCGUGGAUUAUGUAUUACUGGAUCUCUGUCAGGGAGGUCAAAAUCAGUGCAGGGGAUGGACGAGCAGAAAUGCAACUGCGACGAGAAUGACUCUGAACCAACAUCUGAUGAAAAUGCCCCUGAAAAGCAAUGUGUCCUCCCUGAAGAGGAGUCUAAAGCACUUCCGGCUAUGGACGGAUCAACCCCCCGCUGCACAUCUCUACGAGCUUGUGCACUCUGCAACUGCGUAGAGCGCAGUCUGCAUGGACAGCGGGAACUGAGACACUUUGGGACGUCUACAGACAAACCAACCCUCAAGCCAUCAGCCUCCUCACUGCCACAGCCCGGGAAUGAUGACCUGUCUUCCAUAGGAUUUUCUGAAUCCUCAUGUCUAGCAGCACUCUUGGAUGAUUCGGGGGGUUGCUGGGUUCAUCAUUGGUGUGCUGUAUGGUCAGAGGGAGUCAAGCAGAUGGAAAACGAAAAACUGGAGAAUGUGGAGAAGGCUGUUAUCUCAGGGACACAGCGGCUAUGCGACUAUUGCAAAAAGCUAGGUGCAACCAUUCGAUGCCAUGCUGAGGGCUGCUCACGGUUUUAUCACUUCCCUUGUUCUGCUGCAAGUGGAUCCUUCCAGUCUAUGAAACACUUGGCUCUUCUCUGUCCACAGCAUAUAGACAAGGCUGAGGAGUUGGCAGGUGAGGAGUCUUGGUGUGCAGUGUGCGACUCAGCCGGGGAGCUCACAGACUUGUUGUUCUGUACCAGUUGUGGUUUACAUUACCAUGCUGCUUGUUUGGAAAUUGGAGCAACACCCAUUCAACGGGCAGGCUGGCAAUGUCCAGAAUGUAAAGUGUGCCAGACUUGCAGGCAACCUGGAGAAGACUCCAAAAUGUUGGUCUGUGAUGCCUGUGAUAAGGGCUACCACACAUUUUGUCUUCAGCCAGCUAUGGAUUCGCUUCCCUCUGAUCCAUGGAAAUGCAGACGGUGUCGCAUUUGCUCUGAGUGUGGGGUUCGAGGAAUAGCACUCCCAGGCUCUGCUCAAUGGUUUGACAACUAUGCCAUUUGUGAUGACUGUCAGCGGGAUCGCACUGCAGUGUGUUGUGUGUGCAGUACAACUGUAAACCCUUCUGCUCAAUGCUGCUGCUCUCUGUGCCACAGAUGGGUACACAGAGCAUGCACCUCACAACCAAAUCGGCUAGAAACAAAGUAUAUCUGCCUGCUUUGUAAAGAAACUCAUCAACACACAACAGAUCAAAGUGGAGAAGUGUGUGAGGAGGUUAUGGAAAAAGGAGCCAACUGCGAAGAAAAAACGCCGGAUCACACUAAAACCUCAGAGAUUGAUCAAACUGAAACACUGAUAGAGCUGGGUACGAAUUCAUGUGUGGAAAUAUCAGAUGUUGGGGAGAAAUCAGUGGAGGAGUCAUCCCAGAUUGAAGGGUUCAUUUCAGAUAAUCAUACAAAUGUAAUUAAUACCACAAAACAGGGCAGUUCUUGUCUGGAGUCUAAUGAAAGAAGACCAUCACAAGAUUUCAGCCAGCACACAGGUUCAGAAGGCAAAGAGGACUCAGACCCAACAUCGAACACAGACCCUGAAAACAUGGAAGUGGAUUAUACAGACAGCACUGUAGUGCCACAACCUGUGAAUAUAUUUCCUCUAAAACAGUCAGAACUUGGCAUGAUCUUGGCUGAUCUGCAGGACAUUUCAACAGAUGAAAAAGAUGAAGACUCUGAGUCACGACUGCUGCCUCACUCCGAGGAUGAGGAUGAAGAUGAGGAGACCAUCAAGCAGGAUUUAGCUUUGGUCAAACCUGAGCUGCUGCUGGACGAGAUGUCCAACAUGAGCCAUGGUGAUGAGAGCAGUAGUGGUUUUCUGGGUUCACCAGGGGAACCAGACCUCAUGCCCCGCUCAGAUAACCUGACCGAGACUGAUGACUCGCUCCCCUUUGAACCAACGAGAAGUGAGAGAGAAAAGGCAAAACGUAGAGGCUCACCAGGACGCUCAAGGAUCAAACAGGGGCGUAGUAAUAGUUUUCCUGGAAGACGUCGCCCUCGUGGGGGCGGAUCAGGCAGGGGACGUGGAGGAAGGUCGCGCCUUAAAGCAAUGGCCUCUUGCAUAGAUGCAUUUUUGCUAAGCAUGACUGCAGACACAGGACUAAGUAAGGAGGAAGAUGAUGAGGAAGAUGAUAGCAUGCAGAAUACAGUGGUUUUGUUUUCCAACACUGAUAAAUUUGUCCUGCUUCAGGAUAUGUGCGUUGUAUGUGGCAGUUUUGGAAAAGGUAUUGAAGGACAACUUCUGGCAUGUGCACAGUGCUCUCAGUGUUAUCAUCCAUAUUGUGUAAACAGUAAAAUCACAAAGACAAUGCUUCGUAAGGGUUGGCGUUGUUUGGAAUGCAUUGUAUGCGAGAUGUGUGGAAAGGCCUCAGACCCUUCCCGGCUGCUGCUCUGUGACGAUUGUGAUGUUAGCUAUCACACCUACUGCCUGGACCCCCCUCUGCACACAGUACCCAAAGGAGGCUGGAAGUGCAAAUGGUGCGUUUGCUGUGUGCAGUGUGGUGCCAACUCACCAGGUUUUCAUUGCGAGUGGCAGAAUAACUACAACCACUGUGGCCCCUGUGCUAGCCUUGUUACCUGUCCAGUAUGCAAAGAAAAUUUUAUGGAGGAGGAGCUACUGCUGCAAUGCCAGUACUGUGACCGAUGGGUGCAUGCUGUCUGUGAGAGUCUGUACACAGAGGAUGAGGUGGAGCAGGCCUCAGAUGAGGGUUUUGCCUGCACAUCUUGCUCUCCAUAUGUACCUAAACCUGUGGUGGAAUCUGCUAUUAUGGCUUCAAUAAAACUGAAAGAGCCAGAACCACAGUUCUACAGGCUGGAGGGUGUGUGGCUGACUGAGUCAGGCAUGUCCCUGCUUCGUAGCAUGUCUAUGUCUCCCCUUCACAAGAGACGCCAAAGGCGGUCCCGUCUCGGCACUUUGUCCUGUGAUGGAGGUGUAGAUGGAUUAGAUUUGAAGGAGGGAGAUGGCGAUGGAGAUGAUGGGAAAACUUGUGGGGAGCCCAUGGACUGUGACUCUAAGCUGGAGAAUCCUGGAAGCCCUGACAGGGAAGGGACUGUUGAUGUUGGUCCUGAUGGUAUUGCCGAAUGUGAUGCUAUGAAAGGAGCUGAAGAGAUGGAGGAUGGCAAGAAAAGAAAGCGUAAACCCUAUAGGCCUGGCAUUGGAGGUUUUAUGGUGAGACAGAGGAAGUGUCACACACGAUUAAAAAAGGAAUUCUUUGCGCAAUUGGCUGGAGAAACCACUUUAGAUGGACAACCAAUAGAAAGGACCAUUGAAGAGGGACCUCACCCGGACACAGACAACAUCAUGGAUCCUAAACCAGCAGAUGGAGAAGAACAGGCCAAAAAACGCAGAGGUCGAAAGAAAAGUAAAUUGGAGGAUAUGUUUCCAGCUUAUCUUCAGGAGGCUUUCUUUGGCAAGACACUGAUUGACUUGAGUAAAAAAGUUGUGAUGACCCCUCCUGGACCACGACCAUGUCUUGCUCGACCUCCAGCUUUACCAGAGCCUGGUUUUAAAACUGCUGCCCUAGAAAAUGAGACAAAGGACUGCAUAAUCAACAACCAUCCCAUUAAGCAGGAAGGGAGUGUCCCUCAGGCUCAGGGAGAAGGUGCACCUGUCCCCUCAUCAUCCUUGAAAGAACAGAUGUCAUCUCAUUCUCAAAUUUUAGCUGCAGAGAAAAAUAAAAGUCUUCCUCAAGGGGUAGAGAAUCAGGACUCAGAACAGUUCUUCAAAAAGGUUCUGGGAGUGUCGGAGAGCUCCUCAUUGGGCAAUAUGAAGCCUAUUUUGGAGGGCAAUAAGGGAGAACUCACUCAUACUUCUAUAUCAGAGAGAGCUCCCCUCUCAGGGUCUCUGCCCUCAACUGGAAUGGUAGAAGCUUUUCCUGCUUUGUCUCAGUCACCUUUUUUUGACAUGCGUGACCGUGGUGGACUAUUCAGUCCAGAUGGUGGAGAUGAAAGUCCAUGGGCUACUCCCUCUACACCAGCAACACCCUCCUCACCCCCCACUCCCACAGAAGCAGAGGGAGACGGCUUGUCCUACAACCAGCGCAGUCUGCAGCGCUGGGAGAAAGACGAGGAACUAGGGGAACUUUCCACCAUUUCUCCUGUCCUUUAUGCCAAUACCAACUUUCCUACUCUUAAACAAGACUACCCAGACUGGGCAAGUCGCUGUAAGCAGAUCAUGAAAAUUUGGAGGAAAGUGUCUGCUGCUGACAAAGUACCAUACUUGCAAAAGGCCAAAGAUAAUAGAGCUGCUCAGAGGAUCAACAAGGCACAGAAGCAGGCAGAGAUUCAAGUGUGUAGGCCUGUAAAUGCAGAGCCCGGUCAGGUGAAGGGGGAACGGCCCAGCUUACACCUGCAUAUUCCUCCACCUUCUGGCUCCACGUCUGUUUCCUCCCAACCCAGCUCUGCAGGAAGCCCUUUUCCUUUUCCCCCAGGCUCGGGUUCAUCCUCUGUCUUUUUCUCGGAUGGACCUGUUAAAACUCCAGGAUCAGCUGAAAUCCGGACAGAUCCCCUCUCCAGGCUUCCUUUACAGUCAUCCCAUUCUUAUACUCACUCAUCUACACAAUUUUCUCAUUCAGGGGCAAGUCCAUUACAUGCCCCCUCCUCAGGUUUUUCCUCUUCCGGCCCACUGGGUACUCCUCAGGGACGGCCAGCCAGUCUCGGCCCCUUUGACAUGCAACCAGGAACACCUGGAACCCCAAGACGGGCUCAGCAGGUUGACCCUUAUUUUAGAUCACAGUUGCAGCAGCAACAUGUUCUUCUUUCACAAUCCCAGCAUGGUUCUCAGGAGUCUUUAGGACCUCCACAAAGUCCUCAUUCACGAGGUCCUGCAUGUGGAGAGUCUUCUGUCUUCUCUCCAACUCACAAUUCUCAUUAUGGGGAUCCAUUCAGGAUUCAGCAAGGGACGGGGAGAACUGAAUUUCAUUCCUCACCAUCUCCCUCUGCUUUGGUUUCGUCACCUGCAAGCACAGGACAGUACAGGGCUGAUUUGAGUGCUGCUUCCCCCCGUCCCUCCUCUGUAAGACAAGACCCAACAGGCAUGCUCGAGUCUGCUGGUAAUUUAUUUAAGGCUCCAAUGACUCCUCGAAUGCACCAAGGUGAUGGCGGUGCCCCUCAGCCCGGAGCAUCUCCAAACCAUCCCUCUGAAGGUUACAGGCAGUCCUCUUCAAAUACUUACACCGAAGGACAUGGCCAAUCUCCACUCACUCCAAGACCUCAAUCUGGAGACAGCCCUCUGGCCCAGAGAAACACAGGUCAGCUUGACCCAUGCUCCAGAGUGCUCUCCAGCCCUCAUUCCCAAGGAAGCUCCCAGUCUCCUCACACUCCUGGUGCUCUCUCAAAUGAGGCUGUUCACUCGCCAGCUCCUCCUCGGUUUCAAUCUCCAGACCCAGGCUCUCAGCCGCCAUCUAGGCCUCAAUCUAGAGAUCCAUUUUCUAAUGUACACAAGCCUCGUUCAUCACCAUCUGAGGGAAAUGUGGGAUACAAAGGGUCCCCUCAUCCUAAUCAACCUCUUCCUUCCCAUCAAGGCAACAAUUCUCAAGUAGAUUCUCUAUGUGGUAAACCAUCAAUGACUCCUUACAGUGGUAGUCCCAACAAUUCAGGACAUUCAUUACCCCCACAGCACACUCAAAUGAAUCAGGGACAGCUUCAUCAGCCCCAUCCACACCCUGCCUCUGCCUGCCAAGAAGGUCUCACUGUGCGACCAGCUGAUGCAUCUCCUCAGACUCCUUUGUCAGGUUCCCAAGACAGCUCCCAAGAAGACCCUGCUUUGAUUGGUUUAAGCCCAUCUGAAGUAGAGAAGCAUAAACAGCGUCAGAAACUGCGUGAGUUUCUAAUUCGACAGCAGAUCCAGAAAAAAGAGGCAGCUGCUGCUGCAUCCGGCAGUACAUCACCUGGUUGGUCUGGAGGCGAAUCACCUGCUUUUCAGCAGGAACGUGUCAGCAGAGCACCACCCCCAUAUCCACAGGAUCGUGUCAGUGCUGUGACUGCUGUUGUUGUAACACAACAAGUUUCCAAGACUCCCAGCAUUACUCCCAGUGGUCCUCAACAAAUGGGAAACCUACCAGUCAUAGAUCCCUGCACAGUACGGCUGUCCGGACCCAAUAAACCUCCAGGGAUCUUUGCUCGUCCACCUAUACCUCCUCAGUGGCAGACUCAGGGUCCAGCUCCACAGAGGGUUUUGCAGCCAGGAAUGGAAACAAUGAGCAUAAGGCAUAAUCUCAACCAGGCAGUUAACAUGCAGGAUAUCAACAACCCCCUCAAUACAAUGCAAGGAGAAAGCAUGCAGACUCUGAGUCACGCACCUCCACCACAGUUUAUUGAACUAAGACACAAUUCUCAAAGGCUGCCUAUGAGGCCCCAUUUUAUGCCACGUGGACCGCAGCCUAGACCACGUCUUUUUGUUCCCCACCAGGAGAUGAUUUCACCAUAUGUGCAACAACAUCCCAUAGCUCAAAACAGUACUGUUCCAUCAGAGAAAUCCCAGUUAGCGUUACAGCAAGGUGGACUAUCGGUUUUAAUGCCUCAGCAGAUGGCAAGAACAGUAACGGGUUCUUCACCUGUCAAUCCCCUUCCCCAGCAGAGUUUAGUCGCUCAGUCUGCCAAUAAUCACAGUGAGGAUCUACCAGAGGCAGACCUGGAAGGGCUGGGAGAUACUGGAGGUGACGCUGGGGUUGAGGAUGAAGAUGAUCUCGCUCUGGACCUGGAUCCUGACAAAGGGGAUGAUGCUUUGGGCAAUCUGGAUAACCUCGAAGCCAAUGAUCCACAUCUUGAUGACUUGCUAAACAGUGAUGAAUUUGAUCUUUUGGCUUACACAGAUCCAGAGUUGGACCAAGGAGACCCAAAGGAUGUCUUCUCUGACCAGUUGCGGCUGGUUGAAGCUGAAAGUGAGACACCUUCUUCUGGGCCUGUGCGUGUAAAAGUAGAAGACAAGUCACACAGGUCAAAGACCUCUUCAACGACUGAGGGUAGCACUAGCCAGACGUCAUUGUCUGCUCCAAACACAAAUGCAGCCCAAGUGAAAGUUGAAGAUGGAGGUCUGGACACUCAGCAGCAGCUCUCUGGUCAGGCUACUGUGAAAACAGAAAUGGGUGAUCUUCUUAGAGCAAGCAAGUCCCAUUCAGAAAACCAGCAAACCCCCCUAAGCUCUGUUCGAUUAGGGGGCCUUUCAUACCCCCUCCCAGGCCCGAGUGACCAUCUGACAUUCUCAGAAGCUCCACAUACAGAUAUUAGUGAUGAUCCAUUGGGACUGCCCGAUGUAGGUGGACAGUCUCCUGCUGUGGAUUUGGCAAAGGUUGAGAGUUCUUUAGAUGGUGAGCUGCCAUUAUUAAUACAAGAUCUUUUGGAGCAUGAGAAAAAAGAACAACAAAAACAACAGCAGCAGCAACAGCUUGGUAGCCUCCAUCAGGGGGGUCCUCCAUACAGUUUGCAGGGUCAGCCAAACCCACAGAUGUCCGCUCAGAUGAUAUUGCCACAUCACCGUUCACCUGCUCAAGGGAUGAUGUCUCAACAGGGAAUAGUUCCACGAGUGCCAAAUCUUAUGCAGCAAAGGCCCAUGGGUCCUGGAAUGGCAAAUCAACCUCAUAUAAAUAUGUCCCAGCAGCAAGCAAUGAUGCGGAUGGGGCAGCCUGGAGCAAUACCUUCACAGUCGGGAGUGAAACGGCCUCCUCUGACCAACAAUCUCUUUCCAGAUAAAGAUUUGGACAAAUUUGUAACAGAUGACAUCAUGGACCCUAUUGCUAAAGCAAAAAUAAUGGCUCUUCAAGGAAUCAAAAGGGUUCUCACAGACCCAAUGGUUGUUCCUCCUGGGAUUAACAGGCAACAAGUUUCUUUGCUUGCGCAAAGACUGGCUACUACUCCCAGCACAGAUCCAGCACAUAUUACAUCAGGACCACUAAAGGAAGGGGAACCAAGUGACUCAACUCAGUCAAGGCCUAACCCUCCACAAUUUGUCCAAGGAAUUAUCAAUGAUGCAGAGCAACAUCAAUAUGAGGAAUGGCUGCUGCACACACAGCAGUUACUACAAAUGCAGUUGAAAUUUUUGGAGGAGCAGAUUGGGGUCCACCGCAAAUCUCGAAAGGCGCUCUGUGCAAAGCAGCGUACAGCAAAAAAGGCUGGCAGGGAGUUUGCUGAAGCAGAUGCAGAAAAGUUGAAGUUGGUCACAGAAGAACAAAGUAAAAUUCAAAAACAGCUUGACCAGGUACGGAAACAGCAGAAGGAACAUACAAAUCUUAUUGCGGAGUAUAGAAGCAAACAGCAGCAGCAUCAGCAAGGUUCAGGACUUCUUCCACCUGCACAUCCUCCACCAGGUCACCCUCCACAAGGCCCUCCACCCCACAUGUUUCCCACAAUGCCUGGUCAAAUGAUUAUGGGUCAACAGGGAGGACAUGUGAUGGGGCAACAUGGUGGCAUGUCUGUCCGGAUGCCACAGGGGCAGCCCUUCAUGGGAGGACCCCCACAGCCUCAACUUCCUGGUGGAGCUAGGUCCACGGGACCUUCUGGUGCCCCAGCUGGAUUUUUUCCUAUGGGACCUGGAAUUCAAGGGGCAGACCCAAGAAUGAUCCAAGAAAGACAACUUCAGCACAGAAUGCAGAUGGCAAAGCUUCAGCAGCAACAGCAGAUGAUGUUGGCGCACUCUGCUCAGACUGGCGUGCCGCCCCAGACACAACUAGGUAUGAUGGGGAACCCGCAUAUUGCACAGCAACAGCCAAACCUACAACAAAUUGUGGUGAAUCAGGCCAAUCAUCAAAUAAGCAGUGGUCAACCUAUCUCCCAGACUUCACAAGCCUCUUUAGGAGGACAUACUCACUCUGUAAUAAUGGCUAAUCAACCAGGUGCACAACAGCAAAGGCAACAGAUAGUGAUGGGGCAGCAGGGACCAAGUAAUCCCUGUUUUAGGAGUCCUCAAACUCCACAACAGCAAAACAGUCUGUCUCAACACAUGGUGGUCUCUCAACAGCAGCAAACAGUUCAAAAAACAACCCAACUCUCCAGUCAGCCAGGUCCAGAGCAAGGAGCAAAAUCUCAGCCCUCCACUCCACAAAUGGACUCCUCUCCUUCAGCGGGAAGUGCCACGCCUCAACCACAGUCUGGUGUAGAAACCUCCAAAUCUCCUCUACAGCAGAGUGGGCCCUCUACACCAAACCCAUCAUCACAAAUCAGUGUCUCAGCAGAUGAUCAGAGUGACUUGGGAAGUCCAAAAAAUCCACAGCAUCAAAACCAAAUCAAGAGUUCACUACAGGCAAAUCAAUCUACAGAACGGCAAAUUACAAAUGAAAAUCAUCAGUCUGCAAAUCAACAACAGCAACCUAUUCUUCAGCAGCAAGUAUCAACCAUGGCAGAGAAGCCUGAAUGUACUGCAGUAAAACAGGAAGGGCCUCAGGCAAAUCUGUGUGUUCAACAGCAGCAUCAAAAUGUGCCUCAGCAUUCACAGGACCAAAACAUCCCACAGCAGAGCUUUAUUCAGACUUCACUUGGUCAGCAGGCUUCAGUUGGUCUAAACCCGCAGCACCAAGCUUUGUUAGCUCACCACCAGAAACAACAGGCCAUGAUGGGCAUAAUAAGGGGACCGCAGCAGGGUAUGAUGGCACCAAGGCCUGGCUUUCAAGCUCCACAUAUUCGUCAGCAGAUAAACAUCCAGGCAAUCGUUGCCCAGAAUCCACAGCUGCGCAACCUCCCUCCUAACCAACAAAUACAACACAUACAGGCCAUGAUAGCUCAGAGGCACUUGCAACAGGGUCAGAUGAUGCGAAUGGCAAUAAGCUCAGGCCAACAAGGGCCCUUAAGGCCCCACAUGCCUCAUAUGCCCCCAGGCCAGGUCCCACAGAUGAGACAGCCCAUGGGAACGCAAACUGCAGUCACUCCACAAAUGCAGCAGGGCUUAAUUCCCCAUGGGCCACAGUCUCCUCAGGUCGGGGAGAUGAUGCAUCAACAGAUGAUGAGGGGGCAGGUUUCAAUGCCGUGUACCCCAAUGGAUCCGAGCCGCAUGUUAAGACCAGCUUCUCCACAAGUGGAUCAACAACGACAUCUUCUCAUGGGCAUGCGCCCUCCUACUCCAAAUCAACUGGCUACAGCAGCCAGCCGGGUUCAAGGGUCACCCUCUCAUGCCUUUUCACCCCGAGCUUCGUUUGGCAUGAGCCCAGCACAUUCAGCUUCACCUCAUGCAUCAAAUGUGUCCUCACCAAGAACUGACUGUCAGGCUGGAAUGGGCAGUCCAUAUCAUGUUAAAGCUUCCCCACUCAGAUCUCCUGGAGAAAAGAGUCAACUAGAUUGUCCUGGACUAAAGGUUGAGACCCAGCCAUCAGGCAGCGAAAGCUCCCAAACUACUGCCUGUAUUCCCAAUGGCCCACAGAAAUAUGUUAAUAUGCCCCAACAACCUCGUCAUCUUCAGGAGAGCCCCUCUGCUCAACUCCACCAAGGAGCAGGAGGAAUGUGUGAGAAAACACUUCAUAACAUAAAGCAGGAGCCCGGGGAAGUGCUAUGUAAUGUGCAGCCAGACCCU